UCAAAAAGACACCCAAAACCUGCCCUGGGGUGUUUGCGAACUCAAAGACUGGCGCUGGUGAACUGCUUCCAAAGGAAUUCUAGCUGGAGUCCCUCUUACUUUGAGAAGCAGAAUGACUGUCUCGCAGCCUUGUUCUGAGGAAAGGGCAUAGAAGCUCUGCCACUGCUCUUUGCCUAAGGUGUGUAGUAAAAAUGGUGCAGAAAUACCAGUCCCCAGUUCGAGUCUACAAAUAUCCUUUCGAGCUCGUCAUGGCAGCAUAUGAGAAGCGCUUUCCUACAUGUCCAGAGAUCCCAGUCUUCCUGGGGAGUGAAAUACUUCAUGAAUCCAGGAGUGAUGAUGGAGCUAUACAUAUCAUUGAACGGAGCUGCAAACUGAAUGUGGAUGCUCCUAGGCUGCUGAAGAAGAUUGCAGGGGUAGAGUAUGUUUUCUUCAUCCAGAAAAACACAGUGAACUGGAAAGAGCGAACUCUCCGCAUUGAAGCCCACAAUGAGACUUUUGCCAACCGUGUUGUCGUCCUUGAGACAUGUAGCUACUCAGUUCACCCUGAGAAUGAAGAGUGGACUUGCUUUGAACAAUCUGCAUCUCUCGACAUCAAAUCAUUUUUUGGCUUUGAAAGCACAGUGGAAAAGAUUGCUAUGAAGCAGUACACCUCAAACAUCAAGCGGGGCAAGGAGGUGAUUGAACACUAUCUGAAGGAGCUGAUCUCCCAAGGGAUCACAUUCAUCCCCCGCUGGACACCUCCCCCUGUGUGUGGGCAGAAGGAUGAGCAAACCCCGGCUGCUGGAGACACUGCUGCUGGCACACCCCUUGACUCUGGGGCUCUUGGAACUACCAGAGAGCAAACUGGCAGUUCCUGCCCUCCAGCAGAAGCUCUCAGCACUGAUGCUGACAAGCUGGAUGCUGAUUACAUCGAGCGCUAUCUGGGCCAGCUGACCCCGAUGCAGGAGAGCUGCUUGAUCCGCCUGCGCCAGUGGCUGCAAGAGACACACAAAGGCAAGAUCCCUAAAGAUGAACAUAUCCUUCGGUUCCUGCGGGCACGAGACUUCAACAUUGACAAGGCUCGAGAAAUGCUCUGCCAGUCGCUGUCUUGGCGCAAGCAGUACCAGGUGGAUUACAUCCUCCAGUCCUGGAGGCCCCCAGCCCUCCUGGAUGAAUACUACACUGGAGGGUGGCAUUACCAAGACAAAGAUGGACGGCCACUCUACAUCCUUCGUCUUGGCCAGAUGGACACAAAAGGUUUGGUGAAAGCUUUGGGAGAGGAAUCAUUGCUGCGACAUGUUCUGUCAAUUAAUGAGGAAGGACAAAAGAGAUGUGAGGAAAACACCAACAUUUUUGGCCGCCCCAUCACAUCCUGGACAUGUCUGGUGGACUUGGAAGGGUUGAAUAUGCGGCAUCUCUGGCGGCCUGGAGUUAAGGCCCUGCUUCGGAUAAUUGAGGUUGUGGAGGACAACUAUCCUGAGACUCUGGGGAGACUCUUGAUAGUGCGAGCACCCAGGGUUUUUCCUGUGCUCUGGACUCUGGUCAGUCCCUUUAUCAAUGAGAACACAAGGCAGAAGUUCCUCAUUUACAGUGGGAAUAACUAUCAGGGUCCAGGAGGGCUGGUAGAUUACGUGGACAAAGAUGUGAUCCCAGACUUCCUGGGAGGAGACUGCAUGUGUACUGUCCCAGAAGGUGGCCUUGUUCCCAAGUCACUUUAUCAAACAGACGACGAGUCGGAGAGCUCGGAUCACAUCCGGUUAUGGACAGAAACUAUCUAUCAUUCUGCAAAUGUCCUCAGAGGAGCUCCACAUGAGAUAGUUGUGGAGAUUCUGGAAGGGGAAUCCGUCAUCACAUGGGACUUUGACAUCCUGAAGGGAGAUGUGGUGUUCAGCCUCUUCCACUCCAAACGAGCUCCUGAAACAAGUCACAAAGAAGCCACAUUACCAAGUACCUCUGCUGCAGGGGACAAUAUGCAGUUGAUUGAUAAGACGUGGGUCCUUGGGGUGGAUUACAGCCGUAUGGAAUCGCCACUGGUUUGCCGGGAAGGAGAGAGCAUCCAGGGAUCUCAUGUCACACGCUGGCCUGGCUUUUAUAUUCUCCAGUGGAAGAUGCAUGGCCCUCCGCCCUGCGCUGCCACUAGCCUCCCUCGGGUGGAUGAUGUUCUUGCCUCUCUGCAAGUUUCCAGUCACAAGUGCAAGCUUAUAUACUACUAUGAGGUGCUUGCAUCCAAGGACUUCAGGGGAUCCAUGUCGAGUCUGGAAUCUUGCAACAGUGGCUUUUCCCAGCUGAGUGGAGCCACCACAUCGUCCAGCCAGUCCCAGAGCAGCUCCCAUCUUUCUAGAUAGCAGGGCUGAAGCUGCAGCAGCAAGGAAAAGUCACCCAGGGCUUCCUGCUCUGCCAGAGCUGCUCUGUGCACCAAACCAAAGAGCCUCCAGGGGCUGAGCCUGGAGGCAGUCGUUUGCCUGACCACAGGGAGCAGCCAUUUGGACACAGAGAGGCUUCUGGGAGCUACUGUGAACAUCAAACUUUAGCACUCAUAUGGCAGACUUAGAAAUUUUUAUAUCAGAUGCCUACUUCUCAGUAGUCUUUUUCACAAAUGGGUUUUGAAUGAAUGUGAGUUUGCAUGAAUCUGUGUUACUCCACUUGAAAGGGCUCUUUCCAGUCAGUCCUUUUCGUAUGUAGAGGAGGCUGAUGUUGCCUUAUCUGUUUGCUCUGUAGGACUAUUCAUCUGUAGCAAAACGAAUCUAGUUUCCUGGGUGCCCAGGGUACUGGUUACAUAUCAGAGUGUGAAAUGGGCACUUCAGGUGCAAGGACUUAAACUGGAAAUUCCUUUAUACAGAGAGGAUGUUUCAAAAAUCAGUUCCAGGGUCAAACCUAAAAUCUCUUCUGAUCUGACAGGAUGCUACUAGGAAAUGGGUUGGAUUGCUUUUAACCCACUGAGAUACAAGUCAAAAUGGGUUUUGAGAAGGGAACCCGACUCCAGUAAGCAGCAUCUUUCUGGAAGACUACUGUUCCUCUUUCCUCAGGUUUAUGAGCAAUAAUGAGUAGAUCCGAUCUAUCUCAUCCAAGUGGAUGGGAGCCGAAUCAUAAAGGGCUAAGAAAAGCAAUAUUUUAUUUCCUGAAGGCACAGAAUUUUAUGGCAGUAUUAUAGAACUCGCUUCAUUAAAACACAAGUUAACUUGAAAACUUUAAGAAAAGGCAUGUACGUAUUUAAGCUCUUACUGAAAGAUAUUUAUUCAAAUACUAGCUUAUUUUAAAUUAAUUUUUAACUUAUUUGUAACUUCAGAAAUGACUAUUAAAUCCAGUCACCUUUUUUAAUGGGAUGAACUUUGUUGUAGAAAGGCAUAACUGAUUGUCUUCAAUUCCAAGAACUCUUUCUACUGAGGUUCUACUCUUUGGGAUCGCUGGAUGUUCUCUGUUAAGGGCUCUGUCAUACCCAGCACUUGGGUAAGGGCUGUGUGUCACCAUCUCCUGCAAGGGGAGGUGACACUACAAGGCUUGGGGACUCUGGAGGGAUGUUUCUUAGGAUUGAGAAGUGAGGAUGGAGUUCAGGAGCUGGAAGAAGAUUGUGCAUCUUCUGUGACACACCAAAAAUACCACCUUUGUCCCUCAUCUUCAUCCAUUAUUCCAGAGAGUAGAUGUGCAACAAAGGCACCAGUGAUCCAGUUAUUGGGUUGGGUAGGGAAGUUCAUGUUCUUGUCUAGGUGGCAACAAAAUGAGAAUAGGUGUCACAUACUCCAUUGCCCGUGGGCAGUGUCUGCAGCUGGCAGGACUUGUGGUGUGGACAGAUGUUUGCUUUUGGAUCCAGCUGUGCUGAUUGAAGACCCCAUCCCCACCAUGGAGGUUACCUCUGACAGAUCUGCUGCCCAAAGAAGGAUCGGGAGGGCUGUUGGAUCCUGUGGUGAUUGGAGCUAUCUCAGCCAAGCAGCUCAUGUGACCUAACGUGAAGGAGCUUCCAGUCCCCAGGUGGGGAGCAACACAAACUGCUCCAGGCUUGGGCUGGGGGAGCAUGGUUGGUGGUGGAAGUGCAGUUUCCCCCUCGGGCACAGCCAUCCAUGCACCAUCCACAGCCUUUUCCUCAGCAAAGACUUGGCGCUGCUUUCCCUCUCACCAAGCUUUUAAGGCUGAUGGAAUCUGUGCGGCCAAGAACAACACUCACAGCAGUUCCUUCUAAUCCUUUUUUAAUGACUGCUUUGGAAGCACCAGGCAUUGCAGGAGAAGAGCCCGGAUAUCUGGAACAAUGGGAGACAACUGUGUUCGUAUGAGCUGUUUGGGUGUUUUCAGGGUUGGAGCCAAAGCAAUUGCUCGCCCACCUUGCAUCUCUCACUCUAAGAGUGGAACAGGUAACUAAUGCAGGCCAUGGGGAAAUUCUCCAGCUGUUCCAUGGACUUCACUGUUUCUCCCAGAUGAAUGGAACUUCUGGCUCUGGCAUUACAGCAACAUUAGAGUCUGACAGAGAGGCAAGAGCACUGCCUUUGCUCUGGAAAAUCAAGAGUGCUGGAACUAAAAGCACAUGUGUGUAUCCCUCAUGUCAAAUCCUUUACCUAUAACUAAUUCUGAUGCUAGAACUAGUUUCAAAUGGACUCCCAAAGCACCAGGAGCAAACCCAGCCUCGUCCUACCUGUGCUGAUUCAGGAUUUCAGCUUCUUGUGGCUUGAUUCUUGCAUAGUUGGUCACAUCCGUGGUGGUGACAUUCCCAUUUCCCACGUUUCCCUUGGCUUGCUCUGGUUAAGAAGCUCUUCCAUUGCACCGGAUUAUUAUUUUACUGUAAAAUGUGGCCUGUGCUGUUCUCCUCCCACCAGUAGCUGGUUUGGGUGUUUAACUGCUGUCAGUGGGGCACCUGGAGCGAGGCAGGGCUCUGAAGGAACUGGGAAAAGCCAAAGGGCUGGUUGCAGGGAGCAGUCCUUCCUCCUGUCUCCAGGGAAAUCACAGCCUCGUUUUUAUCCCUGUUCCUCAGCCUUGUCACCCUUCUUCCCAAGAGAUUCCGGUUCAUGUCUGUUUGGGAGGCAGCUUGUGAUGGCUUCUUUGUCAAUUUUAAGCAAAACUGGCUACCAGUGUACUUGGCUACCACUUUCAGUAAUGCAAUAGAGAUUGCUUUCUUCCUGAAUGUUAACAGGAGAAAGCUGGCAACAGCCUGGAUGUUGUGGCAGUGCUCUGCUUUUUAAAUGUGACUUUGUCAACUGCACAUACAACGAGAGAAGCAAAAUUCUUUUAAAACACCUUUUCCCCCCUGGAAUGACAUCAGAAAAUAAACGAUGCUGUUUCCGUCACAGCAACCUCUUGUGAGUUGAGAUGGGGACAGCAGUGUCCCAGCAGCAGCUCCUUGGUGAGGUCAGUGAGCUCAGGCUGUGUUCAGGUAACUACCUGGGUACCUACAUGGAGCUCUAGCUUACUGAGGAGCUUUCCCCUCUUUCCAGUAUCCCAUAUGCAAAACGCAACACCUACCUCAAAGAGCCGUUGCCAUGGUUCAUGUGCGAUGACGUGGGGCUGUAGGCACAGCGUUGCGCGUCAGUUACAGUUAAAUAGGGCUAUGGGUGAAACCUAUAUUCUUGGCAAUUCCUACAGGUUUGCCCCAUCCUGGUGUUUGCCAGCUUCUGUUCUGGAAGAACUGGGAAAGGCAGGCAGAGAGUGUGGCACCAGAGGGCAGGCACUGUAGAGGGCCACCAGGCUGGACUGCAGUUGUCAUUCAGAGCAAAGCUGACUGCAGUACUGAGUUCUUAUAGAAUCCCAGACUGGUUUGGGUUGGAAGGGACCUUAAAGCUCAUCCAGCUCCAACCCCCUGCCACGGGCAGGGAUGCCUUCCACUAGACCAGGUUGCUCCAAGCCCCUGUGUCCAACCUGGCCUUGAACACUGCCAGGGAUGGGGCAGCCACAGCUUCUCUGGGCACCCUGUGCCAGCACCUCAGCACCCUCACAGGGAAGAACUUCUGCCUAAGAUCUCAUCUCAGUCUCCCCUCUGGCAGGUUAAAGCCAUUCCCCCUUGGCCUGUCCCUACAGGACCUUGUCAAAAGCCCCUCUCCAGGUUCCUUGUAGCCCCUUCAGGUACUGGGAGCUGCUCUAAGGUCUCCCCUUAAGGAGCCUUCUCUUCUCCAAGCUGAACAAGCCCAGCUCUCUCAGCUUGGCUCCAAGAGCAAGAGACGCUCCAGCCCUCACAGCAUCUCUGUGGCCUCCUGGUGAAUCCUUGUGGCUGACCAUUUUCCCAUCUUUCAGGUUUGAAAAGGGCUUUUUAAACUGCUGUAGACAGAACUAACAGGCACUGAGGCCACUUCCUAGUGGUUUCUUGGGUCUUUUGCACUUGCUAGUGGGGAAAGAGUGAUCCUGUCUAUCCUGAAGUGAGGAAAUCCUAUGUGACCGCAGCUACUGCAGCUCUGCAGAUGCAUCUGCUGCAGUCACAGGCACAGCCUGGUUCCUGUCACUCUGAGGGCUGGGUGGGUUUGGUUGUAUCCCUUCCCUUUCAGUAACAGGAAAGCAACUUGUAAUAAGAAUUUAUAAUCCCAAUUUAAUUAAUCAAAAGAUUUUGAAAAGGCCAUCAUCACAUCAUCUUAAAUCUUAACGCUUACUGCAGCUUGGGAUUCUUGGUGGGGAGGGGUGAGCCCAAGUGUCUGCUCAAGGAGUUUGCUCUCAAGGCCUAAAAUUGAUGAUCAUUUGCAACCUUUAUUUGUGAUGAUUCCUAUACCUGAUAAUUUCCCUCUUAGAAAGGGAAUCAUGUUUACUGGCUUUUACUGAUAUCAACAUCCACUCCAACCUAUUAGUUACAGUUAGAAGGUAAAUGGGCAUUAAUGAUUUUAGCAGCACUUUCUCUCCUUGCAGCUUCAGUUUUAUUUAUUGAAAUCCUGUUGUUUUUCAGCCAAACCCCCCCACCUCAAGUGCUCUCUAAGAGCACACCAGCACAGCACAGGGAGCUUUGUACUGUGAUCCUGGCCAGCACAUGGAUGUGGUUACAGUGUCUGCAGGCUCUGGGAGGAGCUGAACAUUCCUGUAUGUUGGAAAUAAAAAAGCAUCUCUGAA